AUUUGCGGUGCCUUCGGUACUGUGUCUAGUUACAGAUAGUAGACAGCUGUUAAAAGAUAUUUAUUUAUCGUGCCGGAGCCCGAGUUUAUUUACAUUUUCGUGUUCGUAACUUAUUUCGGGAUUAAAUUUUCCGACGUAUAAGAAGAUUAUAAUUCGCGACGAUUGACGUGUCGAUUAUACCUUAAUUCGUUGUUAAUAUUAUAAAUUAACGAGGUGUUUUACGUCGUUAAUACCGACGAUCAAAAUAUUCUCUACGAGUGUUCGCGCCGUUUACGUUUAUACGUUCAUGUGCUGGAAUUUCGGCGAGUACAUGUCGAUUAAAGUGAAUCAAGUGCGGGUAAUAAGUCGUACGUAUUUAUCGGUGUUUUACGAAUUUUCGUAUAGUGAUUGUGAAGUGUUAGAAUCGUCGUAAGUGAAAUUUUCACGUAGACCUAGAUCAACGUACCUACCUACGAAAAACGCCGGGUGAUUUUGUUUAUUUAGUUUUUUAACGUCGAUACGUUCGUAUUAUUUAGAGUUCGGUUCGUGCGAAUCGACUGUUAAUCGAGUUCGACAUUCGCCGGCGAGUAAAAAUGUGACUUUCGGAUUUUCGCGCAUAAUGUGAUAAGGUAAUCGUAAUGUUUACUUCCGAGAACGAUUCUCGACUCGUUAACGAUAACGCUAUCUGUCUCGAUGAGAAGGAAUCGUUGGGUAAACGAAUUAGCCGCCGUUCUGUGUCGACGACGAGUAUUACACAGCAGAAGCAGAUCGAUACAACUUGCGAAGGCGGCGGUUCGCAGGUACAACAGCCAGAGCAAGCCGAUGCCGAUGUAGAAAACUACGUCGACGAUGAGCAGUGUACGGAAGAAGAGAAGGCUGCAAGACGAAGGAGGACUCGACGUUCCUCGCAUCGAAGGUCAACUUCGUGCUCUACCGUUUCUCCGUCUUCGUCGUAUUCGAAAAGUACCAAACGUAAGAGAAAGAAGAAACAUAAACAUCACCAUCGUCAUCGCAGUAACAGAGCCAACGACUCGUAUCAGCCUGAACCGGCGACGACAACGCCAACGCCUAAAGUUAAUCCGAUAUUCGUUUGGAUAAAACAAGACGAUACGAGAAUCGUACAAGUUCUAUGCGAAGAUUACGAUCGUCGCAAUCGUAUACGAUUAACCAAAACGUCUAAUGGCUGGCGUUCGAUACCAUUAACCGAGACGCUCGAGAAACGGUGGCCGUUCGCCGUAGCAGCCGAAAAUGUACAAAAUAAUCAACUAGUCAAAUCUUCUGCUACUACUGGCGAUGAUAGUUUACCCGUAGUUACAAAACCAGACAAUCCAUUAGAGAAUAAACAAGAACAGACUGAUAAUUAUAAAAAUGACGUUUGUAAUAGUCCUACGGGGUCAGCUGCGUCAGCGUCACCUGAUCACCAACUGACCCCUCCUGCUGCCGAUCUAGAAUGUAGAAUUUCCUCUACGUCGAUGGAAAAUCACGUAGAAUUUUCUCCCGCCUUGUCUCAACGUUCGCCCGAACCCGAGCCAGCGGAAACCAUUACUACUAAAGUUCCUUACGCCGAAAACGCAGAUCCGUUUGAUUCUGAUGAAAGUACGCAAGAUGAUCUGAGAUCGAUUAUCAACAAAGUGCAAACCGAUUCGUUGUAUUCGGACGACGAACAGAUCGACGAAUCUUUACCCAGUGCUGCCGAUUACUGCGUCGAUUUUUGUCCGGUUAAUUCAACCUGCUGCGAAGAUAACGAAUUACGUGACGAAGAAGAUUCGAAUACCAUCCAAUGCGCCGAAGUGAGCGGCAACGAGAUACAUUAUUCCGAAUCCGAUCCAGAUACCAAUUUCGAAUCUCAAAAUAACAACACUCUACAGAAUAGAAUGGAAACAUCGUCCGAAACCAAUAUCCCCAUUAAUCAAAUCGCAGAUAAUGCGGCCGAAAACGACGACCAAGUUUUGGCAACGGUCACUUCGAACGUUGAAAUACUGCGAGAAAAAUCUACGCCAGAUGAAACGACGACGACGACGACGCUAAAUUCUUCGCUAGAAAAUUCGUUCCAGUCGGUUACUUCGCAGAAUGAGAAUAUUGAAUUCACGGCCCACGAGCUGUCAUUGACGGCGAAUGAAAUAUUACAGUUUAAUAAUAAACAGAAAGUCUAUCAUGAUCGAACAAGUCGACUUUGCCAGAACGACGCCGAGUAUUUUGACCUUCGGGACGAUAACGUCGAAUCUUCGGUCGUCGUCUCGACCAAUACGCCGCUGCAAAUGUCGUACCAAACCGAUACCGUCGAUGAUGCCGCCGAAAGGUUACGAGAAACGAGCGAAAUUCUUAACGAUAAUUGCCACUCCCCCGAGGAAAGCGUUUCGCAGAGCAAUAAAGCUGACUACGUGCUCGAGAAAGAAAGCGCCAAUCUGAAACGCGAGCCGACGAAUCGCUGUAGCGAAAACGAGGUAUCCGAAUCGUACGGCAACGUUACCGAAAUUAGCGAUAACGAAGCGUCGUCCGACGACCGCGUUAAUUCUAGCUCGAAAUGCGAAUUUUCUUCCACACCGUCGCCGGUGGCGGUCAUUUCGCACAUAAAAACCGAAAACGUCGAUACUCACGAAAUUAUCGACGAUCACGUUGACGAAUACGACCACCGAAAAGAUGGCAAAACGCCCGACUCGAACGAUAAAAUCGACGAUAUUCCGAAGAAAACGACCAACUCGGUGGUGCUUCGCACGCCGUUAUGUCAAACGCUCAAAACCACCAAAUCAACGUGUAGAAAAAUCGCCAAAAAGAGCAGAACGUUGGACGAUCUUAAAAUCGAACUAUUACCAGCCCAUAUACAAACCGCCGUAACGCCACCUUCGACUGCGGAAUCGUUCGAAGACCCAUCUCACCUUAGUAAAAAUACUUUCGCCGAUACCAACGUUCAAAACGAACCGCUCGAUUUGGGUGUCUGUCGUUCCAAACAACCCGACGUGCUCGUCAAACCGCCCCCAGUUAUUGCAGAAAAUCGCGAACAUUCUAGCCGAAAAAGAAUUCGUUCCGACGAUCUAAACAUCAUGGGCAAAUCGGAGAAAGAAAUACUGGAGCCCAGAGCGUUGAAAAAAUCCAGACUACUAGAUCUCCUAACUUCGAAACAUGUUCCUAACGAAAAUUCCACCUCCGAUCCUUUGGAGCAGCUCAAGGAUGUCUUAGCUAAUCCAAAGUAUUCGGUACCGGAUCCGUUGCUGGUACCUAAAGCUCGACUUUCAGCUCUAGUCUCCUGCCCUGGUAAAGAAAUACCGAGAUUAUUGGCUCGCAGAGCGCAAGAUUUAUCCUACUUCUCAAUCCUAUCCGAUCCGGAUGUGCUGGUUGUAUCUUUAUCUCAUCUGCAAAGUUUGAUUAAAAAACCAAUCAACGAAGACGAAAUACAAAAAUAUCAAAAACAAACCGAAGAAAUAAGGGCUCGUAUGAGACAAGAGUGCUUCGCUAAUAACUACGAAAACAUGGCGAACGGUAAUUGGAACCAGUGCUAUUGGCUACCCAGUUUUCAGCAACAUUCUGGCAUACCCGUUUACGAACGAGCCUCUCCGGAAGUACUAUCCAUGAUGGGUUGUGGUAUUCCUCCAGCUUCGGCCUGCUGCGGCGGUCAAGACAUCGUACUACCCGCCAACAACGGCAGCUUAGACUACCAUAAGCAAAUGCAGUAUCAAAAAGACGCCGCAUUAUGGCAAGAAUUAGCUUUGCAGCAGAUUUCUGCUAAUCAUCCGUCGUACGACCAAUUCAACAAUAAUAUUUCCGGUAAUUGCGAUUUAGCCAAAGAUUGCAGCGCAAUGGCAUGGAAUCAAGAAGCGUGUCCGAAUUACGGCUGCUAUCCUACUUCGAAUACCUUACCAAUUAAAUCGAAUACGGUUCCUACGAAAAAUUCCAAUCAUAAAUACUUUCCCGGUGAGGUACAACAUCGAAAAAGUUCGCAGUCGUUUGCCUCAUCUAUGCCAUGUAAUGGUCAUCAAGCCAAUCUAGAUUACCUGCUAACUCCACCCUGCGACGCAGAUCUAUUCGCUGAAAACCCAUUCUUGAACGCGGAUACCGAUAAAAUCUACAACGAAUCGAAAUUUCGCGACAGAUACGACUCGUUGAGACAGUUCUUGUUGAAUUCCACCGAAAACGUGGAUUUCCUGCAGCAAUUCGAAGCUUCGCUGCAUCCGUACGUCGUCGACGAAGAGCGCAAAACAUUCAAGGACGAGCGUCAGGAGAACCGUCCUUCUCAAAUCGUACGUGCCAAUAAUGCAAAUACCAAAGAAUCCAGCGACGUCGAUGCUGCAAACAAACCCAGUCGUCCAGUGGUGCCGAAAAUCAAAGUACGAAAGCAUCUGGUUGAUCCGAACCAAAGACCUACGUUACUCAAUAACGUCGCUCAUCAUCCGAUGCACCCUCCUGGUUUCCCUGUCGUUGACCAUAACGCCGCCAGUCAUCUUUGGAAUCCGUUCUUUUGCAGGUGAGGACACAUUUUUGUCAUUAGAGUAAGAGAAUAUAUUGACAAUGUUGAAAAGAAUUACAGAAAGUUGUGGACCACACCAGCCACUUCCAAGGCAGACUAAUUAAUGAAAAUAUUAUACAUAUUUGUUUGUUGAAAAGAAUUCAACACACACGUGAUUAUAUUACAAACGACAUUAAGAUCUAUUUAGCAGAAAUUAAUGGCUGUGUUGAAAUUUUAGUAUAGGCAAGUGUACCUAUCUGUACGUUCCGGCGAGAUUGGUAUUUAAAAAUUUUCAAAAAAAUAUCACGAUUGCGUCGAGUCGCAAAUUUUUAUCCUAUUUAAAUAAUUUUCAUCCUUGUACAUAUAAAUUAUUGUAUUUUCUAAUUCAUUUGUUUCUUUUUUUCCUUUUUUUUUUUCGUAUAUUAUUUUGUGUUGUUGUUUAGUCAAUACCAAUGUAUUAUAUCUUAAGUGCCAACUUCUUUUCUUUUCUUUUUUUUUUACAUGUGUAAGGAGUUCUUUAAUUUAUUUUUUGUUUUUUUUUUUGUUAUUGUUUUGGCUUUUUAUAAAUCUAAAAGACAUUUCAAAUGUCACCAUGUUUACGUUUUCCUUUUUUUUUUAAGUGGAGAAAAUGGGCGGUAUUUUACAACGACGGGGCGAACCGAAAAAUAACACUCGAUUGUAAAACGCAUUAUUUGAACGUCUUCCAUGAUAAUUUUUUGUGUACAAUUUGCCCAUUCAUGGUGAAAUUUUAUUUUAAAAAUAGGUAAUUUUUCUCCGUUGAAACUUUCAUUUUAUAAAUAAGACUUUCCAUUUUUUAUCAACGAAAGAAAUUCUCUCAGUAGUCGCGACGACACGUUGAAAUUAAAUGAGUAUUUUUUCGCCAUACUAUCUUCCAUCUUUUCUAUAACAAUGAAGUGGGCAUUUUUGGCUAAAAUGUACCUAUAUCAUCGUGUUUAAGUUUUACCUAUAUCAUUUCGUUGUUUGAAUCAAUUUAAAUAUGUUUAAGUACAUUUUUUUACCAUUAGUAUUUUGGGUGCUAUUUGAAACAUUCGAGUGUGUUUGCACAUAAGUUUUUUUGUUUGUGUUUUUUUUUCUCUCUCGUAUUUGUAGUAAAAAUAUUUCUUUUAGUUAUUUCCUUCUGUUCCGUAGCCAUUCCUUUGUGUAGUGCCAUCGUAUGUAAUAAUAUUCCAAGCAUUUUAUGAAAUAUAGCCUGGAACGUUGUAAACGUACUAUUUGGUAAUUGUAAUAUUGAAUAAAAAAUUUCUUCAUUUUUCAGUA